AUGAUUGAUAACUUCUCUGAAGUCCUAGAAGAUGAAUCAUAUGUUACUAAAGCACAAUCAAAUAUUACUGUUAAAAUAAACACUCAUAGCAUUGAAGAUCUCAGAAAACUAGUUAGGUAUCUAAACGAUACCAACAUAAUACAUCAUGCAUACCAGAUUAAACAAGAAAGAUCAUACAGAAUCGUACUACGUGGCCUUCAUUACUCUAUUCCGAGGGAAGACAUAAAAAAGAAACUCGAAAAAAAGGGACACAAAGUCAAACAUUAUCAAUUUGAGGCGCACGGUAAGCAAGGAGCCCUUACCGAUGUUCUUCGUCGAUCUAGAGCCAAAUGA